CUAAGUCUAGAUUUAAGAAGUUUAAAAUCUGUCAAAAAUUGUUUUAUGCAGUUUAAAAAAUAUAAAACUCCUCUUCAUAUCCUGAUUAAUAAUGCUGGAGUGAUGCUGACACCUUAUAGAAUAACAGAAGAUGGUUUUGAAGAACAGUUUCAAGUGAACUACCUCAGUCAUUAUUAUCUAACAUUAUUAUUACUGGAUAAACUCAAAUUAUCUGGUAGUCGAGAUCAUUCUAGUCGCAUUAUCAAUGUGUCAUCUGCUGUACAUUUUAUUGCUGGUGAAGAUUUAGAGAAAUUAAUUUGUAUGUUUGACUAUUCACCUCAUUAUUCUUAUGCUACCUCUAAAUUAGCUAUAGUACUGAGUUCUUAUCACCUAGCUAGACAUCUAAAUAGCAGCAGAUCUUGUGUCACUAUAAAUACCUUACAUCCAGGAGUUGUCAAUACAGGUUUAUAUAGACAUACACAUUGGAGUAUUAGAUGGCUUAUUCUUUAUGGUGAAAUGUAUUUUUAUUAUCUGUUACAGACUCCUAAACAGGCAGCACAAUCAGCUAUUUAUGUCGCCAUGGCAGCAGAAUUAGAAGGGGUCUCAGGAUGUUACUAUGACAACUGUAAAGCAGUAAAUUCCAGUGAUUUAUCAUAUGAUCAAGAUCUACAAGAUGAAUUA